AAAUUUAUGCCGACCUUGCGCUGAUGGUCGUUUUUGGGUUCCUUAAAAUUUGACUCUUUUUGGGAAUUUUUUUAUAGAAAUAACUUGACAGUUGUGAUCGUCGACAAAAUUGUUUGUUUUUAAGAAUGGACGAACCCCAGGAAGGAAAGAAAGAAGAGAAGGAGACUGAUUUUAGACGAUUGCAGAGCUAUCCACUCAUUCGGCAUUCUGACAUGAAUGAAGAGAUGCGCACUGAGGCAGUAGAGUUGUGUGUCACGGCUUGUGAAAAAUUCUCCAGCAACAAUGAGACGGCCGCCAAAAUGAUCAAGGAAGCGAUGGACAAGAAGUUUGGGUCUUCCUGGCACGCCAUCGUCGGGGAAGGCUACGGCUUCGAAAUCACCCACGAAACCAGAAACAUCCUCUAUUUAUUCUUCGGCGGCAAUAUGGCAGUGACUGUGUGGAAGUGCUCAUAACUACUCGGUAUUCAUUGUACGUGUUUGUCAAAACGUAGCGAGACAGUGUGUUCAUAUUUAUUAAUUAAAUAAAAUUGGUAAACUGUC